CCUCAUGCUGGGCGCCGCGGGACCUGCCGGGGGGGCGGCGGGGGCGACCGGGGCGGCAGCAGCGCCCUUCGCGCUGGCGCUGCAGGCGCAGUACGGCACCGCCGCCACUGCAGCCGCAGCAGCUGGCGGCGGCGGAGGAUUGGUGGCUGCGGGGGGCGGCGGCGGUGUUGACUUCCUGUCUGGCGGUGCGAUGGACGAGGACCACUUGGCGGCGCUGGUGCUGGGGAACAGCGUGCACAUCAGCAAGGCGGCCAGGGCGGCGCAGGCGGCGGCGGUGGAGGAGGAGGAAGGGGAUGCGGACGACGACACCCAGAUCGACUUCACCACCCAGCCGCAGCAGUUCCGAGUGCGGGGACUGCUCACCCUGCCGCCCCUCAAGGCGCUGCACGCGCAGCAGCUGCCGCCACUCGCCGUGCAGUCGCAGAUCCUGUGGCAGGACCCGCAGCAGGCCUUCCCGGUCGCCUCGUCAGCGGCGGCGGCUGCAGCAGCCGCAACCUCCAGCGUCGCAGCGGCGGCUGCGGGUGGGGGUGCCGGCAGUGAGCUGCACGCUGCGGUGCUGACCCAUGGGCCACUGCGGUGAAAGCCAUGGCCAGCAGCCGCAUGCAGGCACCGGAGCGCUCCCAUCCAUCGUACUGCAGUGUGUGUGUGUUGGGUUCCACACUCGGCGGCUCUGCUUGCGUGUGGAUUGCAGUAUGCACGGCCAGCACCGCAUUCCAGAAAUGCGUCAAAUCGGGCAAUCGAGGUGGGUCUAGGAGUCGCAUUUGGAGAGCUGCGUGAUUCGGAUCGGGCACGGCGCCGUGGGUGUUUUUAUACCUAAACCUGCUACGAACGAGCGGAGAGAGGUCGAGAGGGCUCGCCUGAUCAUCUCUACAGGGUAAGCAGCCGGAGGCGCGUGAGGGCGAACGAAUGACGUCGUAACGCCAACAUGAAUAUAGCUUUGGAUGGACGAUUCUAUGAACGCGCGAUCAGCUACUGCUUCGAACGAAUGAUUGUACCGACCAGCGAGCGCGCGUCAGGCGCAUAGGAAGGAGGGGCUAGGGACGACAUCAGGAUUGCUGCACCCCCUUGAGCCCCUGCGGUGCCAUCCGCUGCCCCUCGUCACGGCUGCCCCGCCCGAGUCCGCUGCCAUGGACAUACUGCUCAGGGCUUGCCUCGAGGCUCCGCCAGAAGACCUCCGCUGGAGCUUUUAAGGGCAGGAGCAGGGUAUGGGAGGGUGGCUCUGUUUCUUACCAACAAUCGAGCAGCAGAUAUGAUCAGCGAAUGAAUGCAUCGUGCGUUCUCAUGAUGUCGAGUUUGUUGUGGUGGUGGUGGCAUGGUGCCUCAGCAUGCGCCGGUUCAGUAGUUGAGGUACGGCUGCCGUGAGACACGCUUAGUUACCGUUGCAUGCGUGGAAGAACUUCUCCCACUUCAGAGCAGGUUGUAUUCUCGUGUGUACUUGACCCGUGGGUCGGACCUCGGUCGUGUUGGCUUGUCCAGAUUGGAGUUAUGAUGUGCGAUGAACUGCUGGCUCAGGCUGGCCUCCCUGUGCGACGUCGGAGGAGUGGUAAGGGGCCCAACUGAACAGGCUUGGGCCUCUUUAGCGCUCGAGGAUUACACGGAUUUUAACAUACUACUAUGUACGGA